CGCCGAAAUAACCGCGGAGAUUCAAAACUUCAAGAGGAGUGACCGAGUGACUGGAGUCGACAUAAAAAUGACUGAACGCACAGAGUCUCUGCCAAAAAGGCAGAGGCAGUUGGAAAUCACUGAGAGUGACUCUGACAAUGAGAUGAAACGGCGUCGCCUGACACCAGUGGAGAAAGAAAACCAUAACCCAGGUUCACCCCGACCAAAGGCUCCCAGCACAUCCCCACCACGCAUGAGACAAACUGAACAGGAGCUGAAGCCUGACACCCCUGCCUUCCCCUCUAUCCGCUCCCGGCUUCAGAUGUUAAGCCAAAAACUCACAGGCUCGGAGCAGAAUACUGUUCCCCCUCCACAGCAGGCCACCCCACGCUCCCUAAACAAGUUUGUCCGUGAUGCCGAGCGGAAGCUCCAGACCUCAGAGAAGCCGAGCACCUCACAGGCUGCCUUCAUGCGCCAGCAACGGGAGGAGGAGCUGCGCAUAUUAAACAACAUACAACCUGUUGCUGCGAGCGCCUGGCAGAAAGGGACGACCAGCUCGGACCCAGGCCCAUCCAAGGCUGAUGCUGGACCCCCUCCCAAGCGAAGCCGAAUCAUCUGGCCCCCAGUGCAACACCAGGAUGACAAGGCAGGAGUGGACCUGUCAUUCGCCUCCUCAGAUGGUAACGUGACUCUGGCUCCCAUCGAUUUCUCCCAGGCGGAGGUGCCUGCAUUAGAGGCAACAAGCAGCACCCCCAGGGAGAUGAACACCUCAGCCUUGCUGGACGAGAUCUUCAAGGAUGUAUUGGAGGCUGCUCAACUUGAUGAGAUGGAGGAGGAGGAGGAGGAGGACGAGGACGAGGAGGAGGACGACGUGGUGAGGAAGGAUGGUGCCAGCCCAACCGACAGGAAGGAGAUUAAGAAGGAAAGGCAAGCAGAGGAGGAGGAACCCAAACAGGAGGAGGGUGAAGGAGAGCUAGACGGGGAGGAAGAGGAGGAGGAGAAAGCAGAGGUUAAUGAUGAAGAUGAGGGCUACCCAGAGGACACCACAGAUGACACUGAUGAUGAACUGCUUAAACUGCCCCCCAGCUGUAUUCUGUCUCCCCUUAGUGAGUCAGUGGACAAGGUGGUCACGCCCCUGCGUUUGGCAGCUGCUGCCUCUGUCUCCGACCGCCUGUCCUUCCAGCUCACCUCUGAAGGGCUGAAGACCCCCACAGACACCCAGCCGCUCUACAGCAUCGACGCGUAUCGCUGCAUGAGCCGCAGUGGACAGAAGCCUAUGCAGAGUGUCACUCCGUGGAGGCGGGCCCCAGAAAAGCUCCGGCCCCCUACACAGCCAUCCUUCACCACCAAGGAGAAGAUUAAGGCCUACAAGGAGGAGGCUGCAAAGCUACAGACGGUGAUUUCUCAGACGCUGCAGGCACUCAACUGCUGUGUGGACGAACAACACGGCAAAGGAUCAGUGCAAGAGGCAGAGGCCGAAAAACUACUGCUCAUCUCCAGUGAGAAGCGUGAGGCCCUGCUGUCUGAGAUUGGCCGUCUGGAGGGGAACCCCGAGGGGGGUGAAGACGACCCCAGCGCCCCCCCACAGCCCUGCAGAGGCUCCGUCUGCAUCAACGAGGUGCACCUGCCCCUCAAGGUGGACUUUGUCUGCUCCGCCCGCCACGCUGGUCGGCCCACUCACUUCUUCUUCAUGCUGUUCCGCUACGGCCCCACCAACGUCAUGGCAACGCGCCUCGCCACGGCCGCAGACGCAGACGCCGACGGAGACACCAUCUCCUUCUCCACCCUCAUCACGCUACACAACAUCCGCUCCACUUUCGAGAUCGAUGUGGAGGUCUACAGCAUGUCUGACACCCCAAACUCCUUCUGCGAGGACAGCCUUCAGGUGUACCGCAGACACAACAAACAAAGGGUCACCCCCAGGAAACUGCUCAACACAUUGAAGAGAACCCACCAGCAAGCAGUUGCUGCUGUCAUGCCAAACAACCUGUGUGCCAAUCGACCCAGCAAGUUCUCCCUCGUGGGAUGCCACAAAAUCACACUGGCAUCACUGGGGCAGAGCAAGUUUCCCCUGGACAAGAUGAAACUUGAAGGCAAAAUCAGGAAGCUGUUGGGGGAUGAGUUUCAGGAUAAGGUGCCAUUCCUGUCUCCUCUGGAAGGACAUAUUCGCCUGCAGAUCCAGAGCGAGUUUCACUCUGAAGUGGAGCACCAUGGUUUCCUGACCAUGUUUAAGGACAUCAGGGGCCUGGGCUCCUGGCAUCGGCUCUUCUUCGAGCUGAAGGAUACCUGUCUGUUCUACUGGAACCAUCCCAACGAGAGGGACAAUAAGCCUGCAGAGGGCAUUAUUUCCCUCUCCGACUUCAAGAGCCAGUCAGUGCGGCCAGUCAAGAUGGACUCCUGCGCCCGGCCCUUCACCUUCGAGCUGGUGAGCCGGACGCAGCAGGAAGAGGACACAUCCUCACUCACCAAGCGCUGGUUUGCAGCAGACACCCAGGAGGAGCGUACGGUGUGGAUGGAGCGGCUCAACCAGGCCCUGCUCGACAUCCACACUUGGACCCCGGCAUCGCCGAUCCAGGACCAGGGCCCGGCCCGCUCCAUGAGUACAGUGUCCAGCGACAGCAUCAGAGAGAGCACACUGUAGCCGCUACACUCACUCUCUCACACACACACACACACGGUCCUGCACCAGGCAGAGCACGCGGUGGCCACAACACACACACACACACACACACACACACACACACACACACAUACACACACACACAGUCAUGGGGCACAUGGGAAUGGGGAAAAUAAAAUAAUAAUAAUCAUAAUUCAACACUAUGGAAAGGAACACUAGAAUAAUAUAUAUUUAUAUGAAGAAUGGAAUGUAAAGGGAAUGGAAAUGCAUGAAAUACGCAAUAGAAUGUUUCAUCAUCUCCUAUCGUAUGCACUUCAUGGGUAUUGCAGAAGUACGGUAUAGGAAGGAUUCGUACUACAGGGCCACCUAAUGGAGAGUGAAGGUUUAUUCACUGAUCGGUAGCUUUUCGGCAGCCUCGGAGGCCUCAAGGGUCAUCCAGAUCGAUGCUACCGUCAGUAGAACCCAGGAAUUCUGGGAAGAGGAAGUGACUUAAUAUUAUUAAUAAUCAAUAAGGCUGACACUACCGUUUCCAACCGUGUUGCAUUAACAGUUGAAGAGGGACAAGACUUCAUGAGUUUUAUAAAUCAUGCUGAGUCAAGUACGAUGUAAACUGAAAAAAGAAAAUGAUAGACUUUGGGAAACUGACAUUAAAGUAAGGCCAAAAGUGUUCACAGUGCAAUUACUUUCUAGGUAAAAUGUUAAACGUCUGGUAUUAUUCUUUUUGCUUUAUUUCCUUUAUCCUACUUGUAUCCUAUUUACUUUUAUAAGUAGUAUUUGCUGCUGUAGUGAAUGUAGAUUACACCCUUACGUGAACUGAACUGGACUUGGACUGUUAUCUUUGUAGGACAAGAUACAGUGGGGAGAAAAUGUAUUUGAUACCAUGCUAGAGUUGCCUAAAAAGAGGAAUAUAAAAUCAUCAUUUGACAAUAAAUCUUAAUGUCUUAAUUAAAAAAAUGAGUAUCAUUCAAAAUGAUUGAAGAAUGUAUCGUAAAUAAAUAGCAUGGUAUCAAAUACAUUAGCAUGGUAUCAAAUACAUGUGCUCCCCAUUGUAUUUCAUGUUGGACAUAACAAAAACACACAACAUUGUAGAAAUUACAUAUGUGGGAGAGACUGUCAUACAUUGAGACCUUUAUACUCUAUAAGGUUCAUACCUUUAUAUCUAUGUCUCUGUUGUAUUGGCGUCCAAUUAAAUUCAAAUUUGAUCAAAGCUGA